UGCAUGAAGAACAAAAUUCAGAAAAUUACAAAACACAAAAGAAAAAAUCAGUCAUUUUCAAAUUCAUUUGGCUUCUCCAUCUUUCCCUAUUUCUUCCCAUUUCAUUUCUUCAAAGUCUUUAACCAUGAGUCCAGUUGAAGUAGAAGAGGUAAGAGGAGUCCUCCGGAUAUACAGCGACGGUUCAAUCGUUCGAUCAACCAAGCCGAGUUUCGAUGUACCAAUCGAUGACGAUGGUUCAGUUGUGUGGAAAGAUGUUGUUUUUGAUUCAACUAAUAAUCUUUCUCUCCGUCUCUACAAACCAGUUUCUGCUUCCACAUCAGCAAAAAAACUCCCCAUAUUUUACUACAUCCACGGUGGUGGUUUCUGUAUAGGCUCACGUUCUUGGCCGAAUUGCCAAAACUAUUGUUUCCGUCUUGCGUCUCAGCUUCAAGCCAUAAUUAUCUCGCCGGAUUAUCGUCUUGCCCCAGAGAAUAGGCUUCCAGCUGCAAUUGAAGAUGGUUACUCCGCUAUUAAGUGGCUACAGAAGCAAGCUGCAUCCGAGAAUCCUGAUACUUGGCUCACCGAUGUAGCGAAUUUUGAACAAGUUUUUUUCUCUGGUGACUCCGCUGGUGGGAAUAUUGCUCAUAAUUUGGCAGUUCGUUUUGGUGCCGAAGCUGCCGAACUGAAACCGGUUCAUGUACGAGGUUACAUCCUUCUAGCACCAUUUUUUGGCGGUACGGUAAGGUCCAAGUCCGAAGCGGAAGGACCAGUGGAAGCCUUCUUGAAUUUGGAGCUCAUUGACAGGUUCUGGAGGCUAUCAAUACCAGAAGAGGCUACAACAGAUCACCCGUUAGUGAACCCAUUUGGACCGGAAAGUAAAGAUCUUGAGCUAGUGUCUCUUGCCCCGAUUCUGGUAGUUGUUGGUGGUAGCGACUUGUUGAAAGAUCGGGCCAAGUACUACGCAGAAAAACUGAAAGAGUAUGGAAAGAGAGUAGAGUACGUUGAGUUUGAAGGAAUGCAACAUGGGUUCUUCACAAUCAAUCCUAAUUCCGAAGAUUCAAAUAAGUUGAUGCAAGUAAUCAAACACUUCAUGUUGGUUCAAUGUUCCGGCUAGUUGAGUUGGACAAGCGAGCACAAAGGCAAAUCCUAUAUAUGCAGAUCAAAAAUAAUAUGCAGAUUAUCAUGUCUAUUUAUGACUUCUGAAAUGUUAUGGUUAGAUUGCAUCAAAUGAUAAAAAGAAGUGUUAUGGUCA